UGCAAAUUAUGAUUUCAAUAAGCCACCUUAUUUCAUCUGAAUCUUUUAUACUGUUCUUCGUUUUAGUUGCUGUCAAUAGUCCAGAUCUAAGCAUCUAUGUAUUGGGAACUCCUCAAAUGAUAAACUAUACUGUUGCAUCUAUCCAAAAGGAAGUUCACAAUGUACACUUUCUGAAUUUUCUCUCCAAAAUAUCAUCAAAUCCAUUUGACAAUCAAUCAAUAACAAAUGAAAGGAAAGUGUUCAAAUACAAUGAAACUGAUCAUAUCUCUGAACUCCAAACUACUGUAUUGCCGGAUAAAGCUAACGGUGCAACAAAAUCACAUUGGAAGAAGGAACGAUCUAAGAUGAUUAAGGUCAAAUAA